GCCUGAACAUAUCUGACUUUGCCUUCUGCGAAUCAGCCUUGCCGUACGAUGCUAGGGUAAAAGACUUGGUGGAUAGGAUGACCUUGGCAGAGAAAGUGCAGCAGCUCGGAAACAAAGCAGCUGGGGUGCCUAGACUAGGCUUGCCCAAGUACGAGUGGUGGUCUGAGGCACUCCACGGUGUAUCCAACGUCGGUCCGGGUACCUACUUUGAUGAGCUUGUUCCCGGUGCAACAAGCUUCCCCCCUGUCAUUCUCACCGCCGCGGCAUUCAACGAGUCCUUGUGGAAGGAGAUUGGUCAGGUUGUUUCAACAGAAGCAAGAGCCAUGUACAACCUAGGAAGGGCUGGAUUGACAUAUUGGAGUCCCAAUAUCAAUGUAGUAAGGGAUCCAAGGUGGGGAAGAGCCACAGAGACGCCCGGUGAAGACCCUUAUGUUGUUGGAGCUUAUGCUAUAAACUAUGUCCGAGGCUUGCAAGAUGUUGAGGGUACAGAGAAUUUUGCGGACUUGAACUCUAGGCCUCUUAAGGUCUCCUCUUGCUGCAAGCACUAUGCUGCCUAUGAUGUUGAUAACUGGCUUGGUGUGGAUCGUUACCAUUUUGAUGCCCAGGUUACGGAGCAAGAUAUGUCAGAGACUUUCCUUAAACCAUUUGAGAUGUGUGUUAAAGAUGGUGAUGUUAGUAGUGUAAUGUGCUCCUACAACAGGAUUAAUGGAAUACCAGCUUGUGCUGAUACAAAGCUCUUGAAAGAUACCAUUAGAGGAGAAUGGAACCUUCAUGGAUACAUUGUCUCAGAUUGUGACUCUCUAGAAGUAAUGGUGAAUGGCCAUAAAUGGCUUGGUGACACUGGAGUGGAAGCUUCUGCACAAGCAUUAAAAGCAGGGAUGGAUUUGGACUGUGGAGUGUACUACCCUAAUUUCACUGAGUCUGCUGUGAAACAAGGGAAGGUAAAGGUCAAAGAAAUAGACAAUUCUUUGAAGCAGCUUUAUGUGGUACUUAUGAGGCUAGGCUUUUUUGAUGGAAACCCUAUUUACAACUCACUUGGCAAGAAAGAUGUGUGCUCCCAAGAACACAUUGAAUUGGCAAGAGAAGCAGCCAAAGAAGGAAUUGUUUUACUAAAAAAUGCCAAUGAAACUCUGCCUAUCAACUCUUACAAGAUCAAGAAAUUGGCCGUGGUCGGGCCUCAUGCCAAUGCUACUACAGCUAUGAUUGGAAAUUAUGCAGGUAUUCCUUGCAAGUUCAUCUCACCUCUUGAUGCUUUUUCGAAAUAUGGAGAAGUGAAGUAUGAAGUGGGAUGUGAUGUUAAGUGUCCAAAUGAGAGCCUGAUAUUCCCAGCCAUGCAAGCUGCAAAGGAAGCUGAUGUGACAAUAAUUUUUGCUGGAUUAGACUUAUCAGUUGAGGCUGAGAGCUUGGACAGGACUGAUCUUCUUCUCCCGGGGUAUCAAACCCAAUUCAUCAACCAAGUUGCUCAAGUGUCAAAAGGUCCGGUAAUUCUUGUGAUCAUGUCUGCAGGGGGUGUUGAUAUCAACUUUGCCAAGAACAAUGAUAACAUCAAAGCCAUUUUGUGGGCUGGAUACCCUGGUGAGCAAGGUGGCCGUGCCAUUGCAGAUGUUGUUUUUGGACAUUACAAUCCUGGUGGAAGAUUACCUCUUACAUGGUACCCAGCUGAUUAUGUGGAUAUGCUACCCUUAACCUCCAUGACAUUGAGGCCAAUUGAUAGCUUAGGAUAUCCUGGUCGUACAUACAAGUUCUACAAUGGAUCCACAGUUUACCCAUUUGGAUAUGGUCUUAGCUACACCAAAUUCAACUACACUAUACUAUCUGCAAAGAGAUCUGUAGACAUAAAGUUGGAGAAGACCCAACACUGCCGUGACUUGGAGUACAAAGAAGGGGUAAACAAACCAGCUUGCCCUUCAGUCCUUAUUGAUGACUUGGACUGCCAAUAUGAUUUCGAGUUUGAGGUUGAAGUACAAAAUGUGGGCAGAAGGGAUGGAGAUGAAGUCAUUAUAGUUUACUCUAAACCCCCAAGUGGCAUUGCCUCUACACAUGCUAAGCAGGUUAUUGGGUUUCAGAGGGUGUUUGUUGAAGCUGGCAAGACUGAGAAAGUCAAAUUUGUCUUCAAUGUUUACAAGAGCUUGGGAAUUGUUGAUUAUACAGCUUAUAAUCUUUUACCAUCAGGCAGCCACACCAUUUCGCUUGGAGACGAUCUGGUUACAUUCCCUCUCCAAGUUAACCUUGUGUAGAGAUUGGUUUGGUAGCUUGAAAUUGGUAAUUUAGUGGUUUGGUUUUGUGUAGGAAAAUUU